ACUCAAAUUGCACUUUCAAUCACCAAAUUCUGCCUAUACAAAACAAAUCCACCCUACAGUUUUUCAAGGUUUAUUUUCACCAACCACACGAAAAAAGAAAAAAGUGUUCAUUAUGGGGCGUUGGAUGAAGGCAGAGGUGUACCCUCUAGUAGGAGCCAUGGCCUUUGUAACUAGCAUGUGUAUCUUUCAACUUACAAGGAACGUUUUCUUAAAUCCUGCUGUCAGGAUCAACAAAUCUGAUCGUAGCCAAGCAGUGCUAGAAAACUAUAAGGAAGGAGAAAAAUAUGCAGAACAUGGGCUUCGUAAAUUCCUAAGAACACGUCCCCCUGAAGUCAUGCCAGCCAUUAACCAUUUCUUCUCUGAAGAUAAAUGAGCAGUUCAAAUGGAUUAUACCCUCUCUGGUUUACAUGAAUUUGUGUAUGAAUAACAAGAUAUCAAUAUGUAUUUUGCAUUUUUUUGGGGUUUUAUUUGGAUUGAAUAAAGAACUAAGGUUUAUAUUUA